AUGACCUUGGACAUGCUGAAUGAAUCCGGCAACUCAUGGCAGGUGACGUCCUACAUGGAUAACAACUCGGCUUUUGGCGAGUUCAUAGUGGACAACACGGCUCCAACGUUGCCAGUUACAAAGAGCAGUGUGACCUUCGAGGCCUUAUCGUCAUCCGUCACAUCUCUCUCAACCACGGAGCUGAAUGAAUGCACCAACAAGCCUUGCCUACAUGGAGGCUGUGUGAACCAAGAUGGCGGACACAAGUGCACCUGCUCACCUGGAUGGACUGGACAGAACUGUCAGCGAGACCUGAAUGAAUGUACCAAAAAGCCUUGCCUACAUGGACGCUGUGUGAACCAAGAUGGUGGAUACAAAUGUACCUGCUCACCUGGAUGGACUGGACAGAACUGUCAGCGAGAUAUAGAUGAGUGCAACAACAAUCCUUGCCAACAUGGACGCUGUGUGAACCAAGAUGGCGGAUACAAAUGUACCUGCUCAUCUGGAUGGACUGGACAGGACUGUCAGCACGAUGUAGAUGAGUGUGCCAAAAACCUGUGCCAACAUGGAACCUGUGUGAACCAAGAUGGCGAAUACCAAUGUACCUGCUCACCUGGAUGGACUGGACGGAACUGUCAAAAAGAUGUAGAUGAGUGUGCCAGAAAUCUGUGCCAACAUGGAACCUGUGUGAACCAAGAUGGCGGCUACAAGUGUACCUGCUCACCUGGAUGGACUGGACAGAACUGUCGGCAAGCCUUGCGAUGUCCGGCUGGAUGGAGGAAAUAUAACAACCACUGCUACAAGCUGAUGACAGAUCGAACCAGUUGGUCUAAAGCGAAGUUACGAUGUGCAAAACACGGCGCAAUUCUGGCCUCCAUCAAAGACGCAAAAGAGAACAGAUUCAUUACACGUCGCAUCUUGAAUGCACGGGCAGAUACAUACGUCUGGAUGGGACUGUAUAAACAAUCUGGAUGCUGGAAGUGGACAGAUGGGUCACCUAUUAACUACAGAAACUGGGCUCGGGGCGAGCCUAACAACUAUCUCCUGGCUAAUGAGGAAUGUGGCCAUUUGUAUCACAAGGUGUGUGAUUUUUUUCUAUCAACGUAG